ACUCGCACUGUGGAGGAGACAGAGGGCCUGAGGGAGGACACUGGGCUCCUGAGGGACAGGGCGCUGGGUCCGGCGGACGGCCACGACCAAGGUUCCAGAGAUCCGCGAUGUGACCAGAAUUGAGCGUAUCGGUGCUCACUCCCACAUCCGGGGACUCGGCCUGGAUGAUGCCCUGGAGCCGCGACAGGCCUCCCAGGGCAUGGUGGGGCAGCUGGCAGCCCGGCGGGCGGCGGGCGUGGUGCUGGAGAUGAUCCGGGAAGGCAAGAUUGCCGGGCGGGCGGUGCUCAUCGCCGGGCAGCCCGGCACAGGGAAAACGGCCAUCGCCAUGGGCAUGGCACAGGCACUGGGCCCUGACACCCCAUUCACGGCCAUUGCUGGCAGUGAGAUCUUCUCACUGGAGAUGAGCAAGACCGAAGCGCUGACUCAGGCCUUCCGGCGCUCCAUUGGUGUGCGCAUCAAGGAGGAGACGGAGAUCAUUGAAGGCGAGGUGGUGGAGAUCCAGAUUGACCGGCCGGCGACUGGGACAGGCUCCAAGGUGGGCAAGCUGACCCUCAAGACCACAGAGAUGGAGACCAUCUACGACCUGGGCACCAAGAUGAUUGAGUCCCUGACCAAGGACAAGGUGCAGGCCGGGGAUGUGAUCACCAUCGACAAGGCCACAGGCAAGAUCUCCAAGCUGGGCCGUUCCUUCACCCGUGCUCGGGACUACGACGCCAUGGGCUCCCAGACCAAGUUCGUGCAGUGUCCAGAUGGGGAGCUGCAGAAGCGCAAGGAGGUGGUGCACACUGUGUCCCUGCACGAGAUCGACGUCAUCAACUCCCGCACCCAGGGCUUCCUGGCUCUCUUCUCAGGUGACACGGGGGAGAUCAAGUCAGAGGUCCGCGAGCAGAUCAAUGCCAAAGUGGCCGAGUGGCGCGAGGAGGGCAAAGCGGAGAUCAUCCCUGGGGUGCUGUUCAUCGAUGAGGUCCACAUGCUGGACAUUGAGAGCUUCUCCUUCCUCAACCGGGCCCUGGAGAGCGACAUGGCGCCUGUCCUCAUCAUGGCCACCAACCGCGGGAUCACCCGGAUCCGUGGCACCAGCUACCAGAGCCCCCACGGCAUUCCCAUCGACCUGCUGGACCGGCUGCUCAUCGUCUCCACGUCUCCCUACAGCGAGAAGGACACCAAGCAGAUCCUCCGCAUCCGGUGUGAGGAGGAAGAUGUGGAGAUGAGUGAAGACGCCUACACAGUGCUGACCCGCAUUGGCCUGGAGACCUCGCUGCGCUACGCCAUCCAGCUCAUCACGGCCGCCAGCCUGGUGUGCCGGAAACGCAAGGGCACGGAGGUGCAGGUGGACGACAUCAAGCGGGUGUACUCGCUCUUCCUGGAUGAGUCCCGCUCCACGCAGUACAUGAAGGAGUACCAGGACGCGUUCCUCUUCAACGAACUCAAAGGCGAAACCAUGGACACCUCCUGAGCCAAUGUCACCCCCUCCUUCCUACCCCCCACCCCAGCCCGUUUUCUACCAGAGUUAAUGCACUGUGACUUUGUAUAAAAUGAUUUUGAAACUGGACCCUGUGUAUACAUA